AUGUCUUUCGAUCCUCAAAAUGUCAACCUGGAUACAGCCGAUCCAACUGAGAUUGUUUGCUACCUCAAUGCUGGGGACAACGAAUACAACGGCCGGCUAGGCGCGCGUAUCUCCGCCAUCUUUGUGAUCAUGAUUGUCUCUUCAGCGGCGACCUUCUUCCCCGUGGUUGCAUCACGUCUGCCACGCCUGCGUAUCCCAAUCUACGUCUACCUCUUCGCCAAGUACUUCGGUGCCGGCGUCAUUAUCGCCACGGCCUUCAUCCACCUUCUCGAUCCCGCAUAUGGCGAAAUCGGUCCCAACACCUGUGUCGGAAUGACCGGUCACUGGGCAGACUACUCCUGGUGCCCGGCAAUCGUAUUGGCGUCGCUGAUGGGUGUUUUCCUCAUGGACUUCGGUGCCGAGCGCUACGUCGAAGUCAAGUACGGUGUCUGUCGUGUUGACCCAGAACCUAUGAUGGCGAGUGGAGGUGAAGCGGCCCGCGUCGACUCGCCCGCCUCGGCACGCAACGUAGACGACAAGCAAAUCAAGGAGGUUGAGGCGCAAACUAACGAGCUGGAGAUCGAGCGCUCGGUUAGACAGCAGCUUGCUGCACUGCUGAUUCUGGAGUUCGGUGUCAUCUUCCACUCCGUCAUUAUCGGUCUGAACCUUGGUGUUGCCGGUGAUGAGUUCUCGACCCUUUACCCUGUUCUCGUCUUCCACCAGUCCUUCGAGGGACUCGGUAUCGGAGCCCGCAUGUCCAGUAUCCCCUUCAAGAAGGGAAGCUGGUUGCCGUGGUUCCUGUGCACUGCUUACGGCCUGACUACCCCCAUUUCCAUUGCUAUCGGUCUUGGUGUCCGUACUACUUACAACCCUGGCUCCUACACGGCCAACGUUGUUUCCGGUGUGCUCGACUCGAUCUCCGCCGGAAUCUUGGUUUACACUGGUCUUGUUGAGCUUCUUGCUCGUGACUUCUUGUUUGACCCUCACCGCACUCAGGACAACAAGCGCCUGACCUUCAUGGUGGUGACUAUGCUUCUUGGUGCUGGUAUCAUGGCUCUACUUGGAAAGUGGGCUUGA